UUCUUCGUUUCUGCUUCUUCACUGUGGUUUUUAUUCUAUGACUGUGGUUACUCGCUUCUUCAACUCUUGAAUGUAGUUCAGUUUGUUCUCGUCAGAAGUACAAAUGGUACAGGAGGUGCAAGUUGUACAGGCGCAAAAUAAGGAACCAGCUUUUGUCGCGCGCUAUUUUGCUGUGUGUUGGUGAGUGCCAGGAUUCUACUGAUGGCUUGUAACGGCGAUGAGUGCGAGCCAAUACUAGCGACCCAUGACCGACAAAUCUACUGUGCAUCCAACACGUGCUGUGCAAAUGGCUCUGGCGGUGACAUAGAGGGCCUGCACUUUUACAGGUUCCCAGAGGACGCCAGACGCUGUAGGCAGUGGAUAGAAAACUGUGGAAACCAUGCACUCUCUGGAAAACCUGUGGCAGAUGUGUACCAGAAUAACUAUUUGUGCAGAACGCACUUUGACGCGACCCAGUUUGAAUUAAACGAUGGUUCCCGCCGUUUAAAACCCGACGCUGUACCGACUGUCUUUACGCCUGUCAAUUUCCAGCACUUGGAAAUGGACCACGACUACUUAACUGUGUCGCCACGUGCCAUUAAGCAGCCGCUUAAAGCGAAGUCGCCCACCGUACUAAGGGUUGUGCCGCGUGGAGUUACCACAUUGAAACAUUCGUCAAAUGAAGGUACUCAAGCAGCGCUGCGAACGUCAGCUGAGGAUUCCGAGUCGAUUAGUAGGACGACGUCUAACAACAGCACGGCCCUGUCUGGCACAAAUGAUACAAAUACAGCUGAGCUGCCCCCAACAGCUGUGACGCAUUCUCAGCCCCUCGCAACAGUGGCGGCAGUGCCUCAAAUGGUUGUGUCUGGUGCUCCGCACAGAAGACAACAAACAGGCCAUCUGCAGCGAAAACAACCUUCAUUGCUAGCCCGGCGCCUUGCGCCAUGUGCCAAAGAAACUCCUCUACAGAAGUACAUGCUACUUUGUGCAGAAUUUAAAAGUGAGCUGAAAUUGGUAGAGAAACGCAAGGAAAUCUUGGAGAAAUUGUUUGCAGGUGUGCAGGAGCUGUUGUUUCAAGAAGCAGAACUGCUGAAUAUGGAGGACAGUGCACUUUUAGUGGGUUCUCUCGUGAAAUUUCAGCAGGAGCGGUAUUGCCAAAAGCCGGAUAGUCCGGCUGAAAAAAUACUGUGCUCAUUGUGGUCAAGAUAUCGGAAGAAACAGACACAAAAGGUGCAGCAACGACCGUUUGCUCAAGUUGCAGUCUUUGUUAUGGACAAGUCACGACCAGGGCGUGUCAUUCUUGGGAAGCGGAAGAACUUUCUUGGUGGAGGCUUGUACCAGGUUCCUUGUGGAGAAAUUGAAUUUGGAGAGACAUGGGAAGAAGCCGCAUGUAGAGAAGUUUUUGAAAGUACAGCAAUGCAUGUUUGUGAUUUGUCAGUGUGUUCUAUUGUAGACACUGUGGAGCAGACAGCAGGUUAUCAUGCAGUGACAGUAUUUAUGCGAGGCUCUGUAGAUGGUAGCCAAGCAGCACAGCCUGAAGCGAUGCAACCUGACUUAUGUGACUCGUGGCACUGGAGGCAGUGGCAGGAGCUGCCAAGCUUGAAUGAACUGCACUGGCCUCUUAGGGACUAUAAAGCUGAAGGCUUGCAGCCUUUUCCCUAAUGCAAUUUGCUGGACAUUGGUAAUGUUUCUCUGUAUUGUUGGCUUUAAGGCCAUAAGCUCUACAUUUGUUUAUUGCCAUAUUUGUCUGAAAAUGAA